ACACUAUGAUGCUGUGGACAUUUACUGGCAUAACGAGUGGCGUCAGGUCAGACGGCUCCUUUAAUGAACGACACAUCCCAGAGUCUUCAGCUCCUCGUCCGCCUGGUUUGACGGCAGAACUGAUCCCACCCUGAAUGCCGUUUGCAGAGCUUGGAAUCUGCGCCUUUUUUUAUAUAACUGGAUGAUGUGCCGACCACACUGUCGUGUAAUAGAAGGCUAUUUGUUGUGAUGCUCGCAGCGGCUGUUGAAGCCCAGCGCAAACACAGGGGGCGACCAGAGGCUUCGACUUGAUUUUCCGUUGAAGCAAAUAUUUUUAUGAGAUUCCGUCUUCUGUUUGGCUUGGGAAUUGAAAGGCUGCCGACGUCGGGUUUCCAUGCUGCAGUGAGGUAGACUGGUGAACUAACAACCGGACCAGCAAGAGAACAUCCCUUUGGAGAUUAAUGCCAUCCAAUUUGGUCCAGAGCUGAGAAUGUGGUUCCAGUUCAGUCAUUUUUUUGCAUUGUCAUUCAUUUUCUGCUUGGCGGAAGACAGCAGGGAGCAUGGGCCAGUGUUUGAAGAACAACCACUGCCUACCAUCUACCCAGAAGAAUCCGAAGAAGCAAAAGUAUCACUAAACUGCCGAGCUCGUGCAAUUCCUUCCCCAGCCUACAGAUGGAAGAUAAACAACCGCUUCAUUAAUGGGGAAGAUAGCCGCUACAGUAUGAUUGGAGGCAACCUUGUAAUCAACAACCCGGAAAAGGUGAAGGACCGUGGCAAAUACCAGUGCGAAGCCUCAAACAAAUAUGGAACCAUCAUUAGCAAAGAGGCCGAGCUGCAGUUUGGAUAUCUCGAGAGGUUCCCGACUGACGAGCGGCAAGCAGUGAAGGCGAGGGAAGGAGUUGGAGCAGUGCUUUUGUGUGCUGCCCCUCCACAUUUUCCAGAUGACUUGACGUAUCGCUGGCUGCUGAACAUAUUCCCCACGUUCAUCGAGUCCGACAAGCGGCGCUUCGUUUCCCAGAACACCGGCAAUCUCUACAUUGCGAAAGUGGAAGAUACCGACCUGGCCAAUUACUCCUGCAUGGUCAGCAGCCCCUCCAUCUCCAAGAGUGUUAUCAGCAAGUACAUCCCGCUCGUCCCUCAAAGAGGCGGCGUGAUAAAAAGAUAUCCUGCUGACAUUCGGGUGAAGUUCACAGACACCCAAGUCUUGAUGGGCCAGAACCUAACUCUUGAAUGUUUUGCACUUGGCAACCCAAUUCCUAAAAUCCAGUGGCGGAAGGUGGGGGGCAGCCUGCCCAGCAGCGCUGAGCAGUCCAACUUAUACUCGGUCCUGAGGCUGUCAAACAUUCAGCCUGAGGACGAGGGGGCCUACGAGUGCGAAGCCAGCAACUCCAAAGGAAUUGACAAGGUCGAAGGCUGGCUGACUGUGCACGCCCAUCCGCACUGGAUCCGUCCGCUCAAUGACACCAUCGAAGAUGUUGAGGGUACCCUGAUCUGGCCCUGUGAAGCCAGAGGAAAGCCCCAACCCACCUACAGAUGGUUCCGAAACGGAGUGGUCAUAUUUGGGGGCCGAUUCCGAGUAAACAGAGGGGAGCUACGGAUUAACCGACUGACCCUGGAUGACUCUGGAAUGUAUCAGUGUGUGGUGGAGAACAAGCACGGAUCCCUGUACUCCAAUGCUGAACUCAAGGUUUUGGCUUUGGCACCUGACUUCAGGCUGAACCCAGUGAAGAAAAAGCUUCUGGGAGCCAGAGGAGGCAAAGCUGUCAUUGAGUGCAAACCAAAGGCUGCACCAAAACCAACAUUCAUUUGGAGCAAAGGCACGGAACUCCUCCGGAACAACUCAAGGAUAUCCAUUUGGCACAAUGGCACUCUGGUUAUUCAAGACUUGUCCAGGGUCGACGAGGGAAGCUAUACCUGCUUUGCGGAGAACAACAGAGGAAAGGCCAACAGCACGGGCACUCUCUCAAUCACAGAGCCCACCAAAAUGACCCUAGAACCAUCGAACAUCGACAUCACCAUGGGGGAGAACGGCACCAUGGAGUGCCAGGCGGUGUAUGACCCCACUCUCGAUCUCACUUUCAUCUGGUCAACAAAUGGCUACCCGAUCGACUUUGACAAAGAGAGAGACUACAUGGAAUACAGAAUACUGGAAGGAGGUGGUGGAGAACUAUUCUUCAAGAAUGCACAGCUGAGGCACACUGGGAGGUACACCUGCAUGGCACAGACCAACGUCGACAGCACCUCAGCCUCAGCGGACCUGAUCGUCAGAGGUCCACCCGGGCCCCCUGGAGGAGUGAGAGUCGAAGAUAUCCGAGACACCUACGUGACUUUGUCCUGGAGUCGAGGGACAGAUAACCAUAGCCCAAUCUCCAGGUACACUGUCCAACAGAAGAUUUUGGAUUCUAUCGAUUGGAAAGACGCCAAAACAGAUCCCUACGAUAUAGAAGGGAACAUGGAAACUGUAAAGGUUGUGGAUUUAAUCCCAUGGAUGGAUUAUGAAUUCCGCGUGAUUGCGACAAACACCCUGGGAAUGGGAGAACCCAGUAUGCCAUCACCCAAACUCAAGACAGCUGAAGCAGCUCCCACCGUGGCUCCAUCUGACGUUGGGGGAGGCGGCGGAAACCAACGGGAACUGACGAUAAGGUGGACGCCCUUGUCAAGGGAGUACCAUUUUGGAAGCAGCUUUGGCUACUUGGUUGCAUUCAAGCGAAGCGGAGAAAGAGAGUGGAGGAAGGUGACGGUGCCCAAUCCUGAAGGCGACAGAUACGUUCAUAAGGAUGACUCCUUGUUGACGCACACCCAGUUCGAAGUCAAGGUCAAAGCUUUCAACAGCAAAGGAAAUGGCCCCUUCAGCCUGUCUGCUUUUAUUUAUUCAGCGGAGAACGAGCCCAACGAAGCCCCUGCAGAACUGAGUGGCAGGAGUGUCUCAGCCUCAGAAAUCGAAUUGUCCUGGACACCUGUGACCCAGCGAUCCAUCGAAGGCUAUGAAAUCAGAUACCGAAGGGUCAUUGACCCUGAGGCGGCCAUACAAGUAGUAAAGACGAACAGAUAUAACACGACCGCCCAAAUCAGAGACUUAAAGCCCCACACACGCUAUUCGCUGGAGGUCAGGGCCUAUAACAAUGCUGGAGCUGGCCCUUCCAACCAACCAAUUAUACUCACAACAAGGAAAGCACCUCCCAGCAAGCCUCCAAGAAUAAUCGACACUACAAGGUAUGGGACAUACUUCAAGAUUUCCUGGGAGGCAGUCGAGCCCUUGCACAACGAGUCAAAUGUUGAAGGCUACAAGGUUCUGUACAGAAGAGACGGCACAGUAAACAGUACACUCCUGCAAACCAUCGGACACAAUAUAAACAUACCCAUUCUCGACGAGGGGGAUUACAUUGUGGAAGUAAGAGCCUACGGUGAAGGAGGAGACGGAGCCGUGGAUUCAAUCAAGAUUUCCAAAAAUUCAGGAGUCACUGUGAAGAUCUCCUACAUCUUACUUAGCUUUGGCCUGAUCCUUGGUGUCAUCAAUUGCCUGGAGCUGUGAUUGUAGCCAAUAUUAUCUUCUUUGUACAUCGGUAAAGAGCUCUCCGUGAGGUGACUGAAUCGUCUCAAGCCUGUAAAGAUCGUUGCUCGCUGCAGACAUCUCUGGUACCAUCAAAAGCCAAAUAUAACAUGAAUUUGAAAGACUUAUUGUACACUUCUCAUGGACAGAAGGCAUCAAGGAACUUUAUCCCCAUCCACCACCCACCUUGCCCACCCGCCCCCAUUAAAUACCAAGUAAACAUAACAUUGGAAGUGAAUCAAAGGAAUUCUUUUGACUUGUUCCAAUCUGCCUUAUAUAAACACUUACACUGAUCUAUGGCAGUUGCAUGAUUUGAUCUAAUGGCGCGGCUACCAGUGACAAAAUACCAUAGCUUAGAGUUUGAGGAAAAUAAUAGAAUUCACCACACAUAGGUGCUUUAACAUUUAACAAAAAAAUAGUUAAGUGAACUAGACAAUGAAUGCAUUGGUUGUUUUAAAAAAAAUGAAUGGAAGGUUAACCUUGUCAUGUACUGUGUCUGUAUGCAGCACUAUUCCGUAGAGUUGAAGGCAGCCAAUCUCCCUUGAAUGAGAACCUUCUAUUUAGAGUAACAGUCAUAACACAUACAAUAGAUUGCAGAUUUAUGGUUAUCAGGCCACAUUUUCCUUUAGAGAAGUGCACACUCUGGGUGUUUGAAAUCUGCUGCAUCUUUUAGUUGCCGUGUUGUGCAUGCUGGCAUUGAGACAUCCUACAAUCUUGUUCUAAGUAGGAUGACAGUAGUUUCAUACUCAAAGCCAGGCCCUGUAAUCAGCAAAUAGAUUUUUUACAUUUAUACUCAAUUAUCAAUUUGUUUAAGUUGUAUGUAGAUUUAUACUGAAAAAGCAACAUUCCAAUAUAAAUCUUAAAAUGUUAAUGUAUAUUCUUUGUUGACCGCCCUUCUUGGAAAAUUAGAUGAGAUUCAACAGUGUUUAUAAAAUUCUGCUAGGCAUCCUUAUAUUCUUUGGCCAACACUGUUAAUUGGUUGAUUACACUCAGCAGGUCUGGCAGAAUCAGUGGAAAGGGAAACCAAAGGUCUCUGGCCUGAAACAUUAACUAUUUUGUCUCUCUCUGUAGGUGCUCCCUGACGUGUUGAGUGUUUCCAGUAUUUUCUGUUUUACAUUUAUUUCAAAUGUCCAGCAUCUGCAGUGUAAUUGCCAACAGUUUGUCCUCUUCCUUUUUCAUUAAUUUGGCAUCCUCCUCAUUCUGUAGCUCUGCCCAGUUCACAAACAGUUCCUGAGGAAUUGCUUCCAUGCUCCCAAAGAAUGGCCUUCAUCACACAGGUUGACAUUACCUUCAAUCAAGUGUUGCAAAUCUUCUACACGUUCUCCACACACAUUCUAGGUCAAUAGGCAGGUCUGAUGACCUGAGACGUCAACAAAAAAGGACCUUAAAACCCAUCAAGCCUGUGCUAAUUCUGAAAGACUACAUACAUUGGCUGUUCACUGCUCUUUCUCCGCUGCCCUCCAAAUCCCUUUACAAUUACAAAUCUUAUUCCCUGAUGCAUUUCCUUACUUCCAUCACCACUUUACGAAGCUUAUUCUGCAACACAGCUCAUUGGAUUUUAAAUCAAAGUCACCUUAGCUUUAUUUUAACCAGUUAUCUUGUCUGUAGUUGGAGAAGGUCAGUGAGUUAGCAGUAAUUACUAAAUCCCAUUUAUCAUGCACCAGUCUAACUUGUAAGGGUGAAAGUAAAAUAAGGUCCCUACAAUGUCAAAAUGUUGGUAAGUUUAUGCUUAAUGCAGGGCAUUACAAAACAGUAAAUCCUUGACGCUUCCAAUGCCCUGGAUCUCUCGUGUGGAGAUGGUUACUUCACAUUUCUAGAGACAUGGAUAAUUUUUCUCUGAAGGAGACUAGUGACUAGGGUGUUCAGCUUGAGAAUUAGCAUUGAGAUGAGGAGAAGAUGAUGAACCUUGGACUUCAGUACCCCAGAGGAAUGUGGGAGCUCCAUCGCUAUUUUUGUUCAAAGCAGAAUAAAUGGAUUUCCCUGCAUUGAGGAUAUCAGGAGAUUGUGGGGUUGGAUAUUGGGGCUGAGGUAACACAAAAUCAACAAUGCUCUUAAUGAAGGUUGGAGCAAACUUGAAGGGCAGAUCACCUACUCCUAUUUCUUCAGUUCAGAUAAACUUGGCAUCAAUUGUCAAGAGAAGGUUUUAGUGUUCAAUCAAUGGACCUUUUGCACAUCCAUUUAUGAUAUCACAGCACAUGGUAAGUUGUCAGAUCAUUUUUUGAAUGAAAUAUAAUGUGAUUUAAAUAAACAAAGUGCCCAUCUUGCAAAAGUAACAUUGCAUGAGGGUGAGGGAGGGAUUCAUUUAACUGAAGCAGCAGAGGAGACCACAAAUAAUUUCAGAAUCACCCAGCAUCAUCCAAUGCAGUGAUUUUGGUUUUGGGAUAGGAUGAGUCCACAGCGUCUUUUACCUAGAGUAUGGGGAAUCGAGAACCAGACGACAUAGGUUUAAGGUGAGAGGGGAAAGAUUUAAUAGGAACCUGAGGAGCAACCUUUUCACACAGUUAUAUGGAACGAGCUGCCAGGAGAGGUAACUCAGGCAAAUACUAUUAUUUAAAAGACAUUUGGACAGGUAGAUGGAUAGGAAUGGUUUAGAGGGAUAAGGGCCACAGGCAGGUGAGACUAGCAUAGAUGGGGCAUGGGCUAAGUUGGGCCGAAGGGCUUGUUUCCAUGCUGUAUGACUCUAAAACUAUAGGAUUUCCAUUGAGAAACAUGGAUUAUACUACAGGGUUUCAAUGCCAACAUGUUCAUAACUAAAUGUUUAAGCACUUCCACGUUUUUGUUGCUAUAUCAGUAAAUACAGCGGUGAUAUCAAAUACUUAGAGAUGAGCACAAACUCCAAUCGGUGUAGAAAGUACUGCAGCAGCUGCCAAAACGCCUGAAAAUAGCUAACGCUUUUGACUGUCUAUAAAAUUUCCAGUGUUACAUGUUGGUGCUGUGUGAGGAAUUUAAAGUCCAUUUAUGAUUCACUUGUCAAUUAAGAUUGAAUGUGUGACUGUUGCAAGUAACGCAAAUGGUGUUGAAUCAGCGGGGUAAAAUAUUAGUGCAAUCUCAUGCUUUAAAAACAGAGUAAUAGCUUUUGAAUGAAACUUAGCACAAUCUUGCUAGAUAGAGGUAGAUUCUUCUCCUAGAUUUCAUGCUCUCUUCAAGCUUUGUCAGUAAUAAUGCAGAACUAGGCACUAAGGUAUGUCGUAUGUAACUUCAGUAGUUUUAGUAACAAUGGAUUUUUUGCACUAUGUCAUUUUUAAUAUGAACUAAAUUAGUUAUUCUGAUUUUAGUUACUCCAUAGUUCUGUCAUCUAGAUUUACUUUCUGACGGUUCAUUUGUCACAUGUUUGUUCACUUUCAAUUCAAGUAUUUCUUGAUCAAAUUCAUUUGUUACAACCGAUUUCUGAACACAUAAAUAAAUCAGAAGGGUCUCCUAAAACACAUUAUAUAAUUCCCUGUUGAUUUGCUGGUUGUGUUUGAUAAUCAGUUGUGAAGGAAUUGUGCCUCAUUUUUAGGUAUAUAAACAAUUGGCUUGAUUUCUAACAAUCCCAUUCCGUGCACUUUUGUUAUUAUUAAGUCUGUUGACACAAUGUAAAAUGCGCCCCAGUUUUGUGGUGGGGUAUUAACACGAUGCAUUUGUUUAAAAUACCUCAGUCUACUAAUUUAAAGGACUUCCUUCAAAUGAUGAGACUCUGAAGUGUUUGUCCACUGUCUUCCCAAUAACAGCUCAGUACUACACUGAACAACUUCAUAAUGGAAUUAAUUACCUGUCAAUUUGCAAAGUGACUGUACUUUGUUAACACUUUGAUAAAUUACCAGAUAAGUAAAUUGUUUCAAGCAUAGGGGCAGUGUUAACCCAUGCUAAUUUCAAAGCUGUAAGUUACAUGUCUAUGUUCAGUUGUGACUUCCUGGCAACAUUAUUUCAUUAUCCUCAAAUUAACCUGAUGAUACUCUCAAAAUGUACAGAUUCCACAGAUGUUGCCUAACCAUCCGAAUGUUUCCAGUGUUUUCUGUUUUUUAUUUCAGGUUCCUAGUAUCUGCAGUGUUUUGAUUUUAAAAUGGCUUUAACUGUUGAAAUAAACUAUAUUCGGACCAGAAGUGGUAUGUGACAUUGUGCAUGGGAUUACAGUGAAAUGCAAAAAAAAGGUUCUUUUUACACCCUCUUUUAUUAAACUGAGAGUGCUCUGAUUCCUAUAACUGGGAGCACAGACUGCCAUUUUUUUUACCAACUGAUAUAUGGUUUUAUGGGAUCAUUAAUUCAUACAGGUAUUGUAGAUGAAGUAAACAUUAGCUCUCUGCUGAUUUAUCAUACCUGUUCUGGUAUCAACUAAUCACUUGUACUGAUGAGUAACCACUAUUCUCAAUUAAAGUUUAUAUAGACUGUAAA